GCUUCCAGGGUUUUGUGGACGCGUGAUGCGCUACGGAAAUCCAACCGGAUUUAGGCCAGAGCAGGGGGGAGGGGGACUGGCUACCGUAUAAAAACCCGACGAAUCUAGUCAGUGAUCUUAUUCAUCGACAGCCCCCCCAUCAGCAUAUCAAGCAACAGGAUUUUUGGAGGAGUCUGGCACAGCCUAACGAUGCAAUUGCUAUUGUUCGUCUCAGGAUUAUGUGCUAUCAUUCCAUUUGUCCAUACAGUACCAUGGGGUUACCCGGAAACAAAGCCAGGUACCGACUACUGGCCGAAGAUCUUCCCGCUUUACUGUUCUGGGCUUGCCCAGUCACCGAUCAACAUUACGCCGCGUACUGCGAUCAAAAUGACCCCUGCCUCCUUUGACCUGAUCGGGUUUGGUACCACCCCGCCGAGAGGGGCGAAGAUCACCGUGCAGAACGGCGGCCUCAGUGCCCAGAUCAAAUUAACCGGCGACUACUUGAUGUCUGGGGGCGGGCUACCCGGUCGACGGUACCGCGCAGCUGGGAUCCAUUUCCACUGGGGCAGUACCGACAACCAAGGUUCGGAGCACACCAUUGACGGAAUGAGUUUCCCUGCAGAGAUGCACCUUGUGACUUAUGACACGAGAUUUUCCACCGUAAGCGAGGCUGCGUACAAGGUUGACGGACUGGCAGUGCUAGGAUUUUUUCUAGAGAUUCAGGAUUCAGACAACCCGGGAUUUGUUCCAUUCUUGGAAGCUCUUUCGAAGACGAAAUACGAUGGCAACAGUAUCAAUCUUGCCACUCCCUUCCCGAUCUCCAACUUGUUCCCAAGCACCAGCAUCAUGCAGCCUUAUUUCCGGUACCGUGGAUCGCUCACAACGCCGACGUGUAACGAGGUUGUGGUGUGGACCGUUUUCAAAAUGCCGAUCAGAAUAUCACAAGAUCAGCUGAACGUCUUCCGUUCACUUGUGUCGAACCGCGUUGGCAGUUCUCCAGACAUUCCGAUUGUCAACAACUACCGGCCGCCCCAGCCCCUCAACGGGCGAAAGGUUUUCCACUCGGCGGGUAUGCUACGCGUCUAACUUAGGAUGGAUCCCUUCGGGAUCAACACGGCAGCCAUCUUGAAUCCUGCAAACUGCCAUUACCGGGCAAUGAUUCUUUGAGUCCAAACAUAAUACCCAGCCAUGCACAGCAUUCUAGAGGCGAAUUAAUCUUGCUACCAACACAAUUACAUGCCGAGUCGUUCAAUACCAAGACGCUGUCCAUUCAGAGUCAACAGUAUUCAACAAAUUUCACUUAUUUACUUACGUGUGGAUGUUAUAAUGGUGGACACGCCUUCUCCAAACGACUACAUGUAAAUGAAUCCCUCCCUUGAACUGCAGGCAGUUUAAACUUCAUACGUUGCUUUUUUGUGAACGUCGUCGCCCCAAACAUUGAACAGGUAUUUGUAAGCACAAAACGACCGCACCAGAAGCAUUCAUCAUAAGCCCAACCUGAAACAACAUAAUUGUACAACCUGUGCAACCGCUUUAUAUUUAGCUCAAUGUUUGUUCAACGUCGUUAUGGUUAUUCAAUGUGAAAUGAUUUCAGAGAACUAUGAAGUUUUAAUUCUGUCUCGUGUCAAGUUAUUUUACUUGAAAAUAACUUCAAUGUAAAUAAAAACCGAAUAAUCAUAACUUUGUCUUACUUAAGUUCUUAAUAUGGAAGUUGAUAUGAAACACAUUAUUUAAAAACAGAAAUGCACAAUGAUUUGUAUAUUCAAAACAUUUAAAGAGCUCAAAUGCAUGCCUUUUUAUUGUGAGGACUUAUUUUCUCGUACUUUGUAAUUUGUGUUGAUUGACUCAAGACAAACGGAAUGUGACGGAAAAUAAACCAAAAGUUUGAAAGGAA